AUGCGCGACUUCACCUACCGCUACAGCAACCUGUGCACCGUGCGGGGGGAGGCCCCGCCCGUGCUGGUGCACGCCAUGAGCAACGCCGGCUUCGUCGCCUACGGUACCAUGCUGCACCUGACCUCGCUGCUCAAGCAGGUGCGCCCCGCGGCGCUGUCGCCCGCGCCCGGCGGCACCGCCGCCAGCCUGGAGUUCAACCCGGCCGCCUGGUCCGCCGGCGGCGGCGGCAUGACGGCGCGCAGUUACGGGCUGUGGGGCGGCGAGGGCGGCGGCCGCGGCGCGCCCGUGGCGCGCAGAGGGGCCGACGGCGAGGAGCUGCACCGCUUCGUGUCGGACCCUCGAGCCAUGGCCGUGCUGUCUGCCUUCCGGCAAAAGCGCAGGGCCGACACAGCGGCCCAGCCCGCUGCCCUCCCUCCCACCGCCUGCGUUCGUGCAGCGCCCUCCCUGGCCACAACACGGAUCUGGAGCAAGGGUCUGCUGGCAGCGCUGUUCAGUGAGGCCGCAGAGAAUGUGGAGGAGUCACACCCGCUGCUGCUGCGCACUACCCACCGCCUGGCGGAGCGCUAUUUCCAGCUGCCCGUGGUGCAGCGGCGCAUGCGGGAGGUGCGGCAUGCCUGGCAGUUCAGCGUGCCACCCUGCCCGCAGCUCUACCUGUAUAGCAAAGCAGACGCGCUGAUCCCGCACCGACACAUUGAGAGAUUCAUGGAGCAGCAGGCGGCGCACGGCGUGCCGGUGCACCACCACUGCUGGGCCGACACGGCGCACUGCGAGCACCUGCGGAAACACCCGGAGCAGUACAAGAGCCUGGUGCGCUCCUUCACGGAGCACUGCCUGCACAGCCACACGCCGCCGGAGAGCUGGAUCUGA